AUGUGCUCGGACGGUUACGAGAUGAAGCUCGUCGAUGACAUCGUAUACGAAGUCGAUGCCGCCAAAAUUGUCGUCUCGGACGGUGAUGUCGAUAUCGGAGCCAACCCUUCCGCCGAAGAAACCGCCGAAGCGCUCGAAAACGGUGCCGAACAAGUGAUCAACAUUGUCCACUCCUUCCGUCUCCAGUCGACCCAGUUCGACAAGAAGUCUUACCUUGGUUACCUCAAAGGUUACAUGAAGGCGGUUAAGGCCAAGCUUGCCGAGACCAACCCUGACCGUGUUCCCGCGUUCGAAAAGGGUGCUGCUGCUUUCGCUAAGAAGAUCGUCGGUAACUUCAAUGAUUGGGAGUUCUAUACCGGUGAAAGCAUGGACCCUGAGGGAAUGGUCGCUAUGUUGAACUACAGGGAGGACGGAGUUACUCCUUACCUUGUCUUUUGGAAGGAUGGUUUGCGCGAGACUAAGAUCUAA